AUGGGCGUGGCCAAAGAAGCCAAUACUCGGACAGCCUCACUCCCUUUCCCCAAACCUCCCAAUUUGGUCGACCAUCCCCAACUUUUAAUGGCUAAAUCAAUGUCCGCUUCGAAGAACUCUGCCUCAUCUUCUACCAAAUCUGCGAAUCCCAUCAAGAAGCUGAACAAGAAGAAGAUGGAGAGGGAACAGACCUUGGACAAGCUCAGAGUGAUGGUCGGAGGCAACGAAAACUCAACUCAAUUGGAUAUCAUGCAGGUAUGUAGUCAUUGUUAAUAUAAUAUAUAUGUCUUGCUACUAGUCGAGCCUUGGUCACUAAUAUAUUCAUUCGAUUCUUUCCAGGGUGUCAUCGAUUAUAUCCGAUAUCUGCAAUCCCAAUUGGCCGAUGAUGUUGAGAACAUUGGUCCCCCUGCUGACGAUCUUGUCCAUCAAUUGAUGAUGAUCAACUGCUCAGAUCAUUGA